CAGCACCGAGACCUACUUGUAGCUCACCACUCGUCUUCACGAGCUGUGGGCAGAGAUCAUCUGGCUUGCGUUCCAAGGCUUGCUGAGAAAGCUGGUCCUCUUUCUGAGUGCAUACAGCGUGCGCUGCGCUUUUGAUGUACGCUGAGGCUUUAGACACCAACGCCACCAGAUAGAGAGCUUUCCAGAGCUCCCGUGGCAGCUCCUCAUCCGUACCGGGGCCUUGCUGACACGGGACGGUCCGACAUUGCAACGAUCGCGGCGCGCAUCAGCCUGCAGUGCGCCUGCAUUGUGGUCUUGCACGCCUCGGCACCAUGGAGAGGCACGAUGCGUCGUCAGUUCACGACUCUCUGACGGAUGCGCAUCACUCGUCCAGUAAAGCGGAAGACUCUACUCUUCAGCCACCCAGCGCUGGACCUGCUGCUGCGACUGCGCAACCACCAAUUACCGCCACUGAAUCUGCAGACGCCCUCCAGCAGGCCGAACACGGCGUGGAGGUGUCGAGGGACGAUGAAGACGACGGAUACGAAACCACGUCGGAGAGCACGGCCUCGGCGUCUCUAGCCUCGAGCGCAAGAGAGUUCAUAUAUGAACAUGGAAGACGCUAUCAUAGCUUCCGGAAAGGCGCAUAUCUGUUCCCUAACGACGAUCGAGAGCAGGACAGAGAAGAUUUGAAGCAUGCAAUGUAUCUGAAGCUGUUCAACAAGACGCUGCACUUUGCGCCUAUCAACACGGAGGGCGCUAAUGUGAUCGACCUGGGCACGGGAACGGGCAUCUGGGCUAUUGACUUUGCCGACCAAUACGAGAGUGCUUCCGUAAUAGGAAUCGACUUGAGCCCAAUUCAAACGACCUGGGUGCCACCGAACCUGAAAUUCAUGGUCGACGACGCGGAAAGUGAGUGGCUGUAUCCCAACGACUACUUCGACUACGUACACACAAGACACACGAUUCAAGCAUUCCAUAAUUGGCCGCUUCUGUUCCAGCGCGCCUACGCACAUAUUAAGCCUGGAGGCUGGAUGGAAUGUCAAGAACUCGAUCACUUCCCGCGUUGCGAAGACGGCACAAUGGCCAAUGACGACUGGAUGGUGAAGUACUGGAACACUGUCGCCGACGGCCUGGUUCCCUUCGGCGUUUGUUUCCGCGAUGCACCGAAGCUGAAAGGCAUGAUGGAAGCUGCGGGCUUUGUAAACGUCACGGAGCGCGUCUUCUUUACGCCCAUCGGGCCUUGGCCAAAAAACAGAGCUCUUAAAGAAGUUGGCCUUUACUGGAGAGCCGUCCUGAUGGAAGGCCUGGAGGCGAUUGCGCUGGCACCUCUCGUCAAAGGUUUAGGCUGGGAGAAAGUCGAGGUUGAUGUGCUCUGCGCAAAAACACGAACGGCUUAUCUAGACAGAAGCACGCAUGCCUACAUGCCUUUCUACAUCAUCUAUGGUCAGAAGCCUUAUGGACCACCGUCGGCUGCUUCUUGAAUCUGUCUUUCAACGUGCAGUUACAAAACACAUAAAGGCGGCGCAAAAUGUCCAUUUCACCAAGUAAAAAAAAUAUAUAUAUACCCUAUGCUAGACGGCUGGGCACUUCGAGCAAGGAAGGAAAGUAUCAAAAACGGGCGUUCUACGUCUUGAAUAAUACGGAAAUGACAUUACUUGAAUGUUUCACGAAAGGAGAUUUUGAAGUCGAUAUGUUUGAACUGGCAGCGGACUUGGCUAAUUAAAAAUGCCUCCUUUGUCCUCAUUUCGAGAGAUACUAUCUCGGCGUAGAUAUAUAAUUCUGUAACAUGUCUUUCUACGGUUUCACCAUCGACCUUUGCAUUAUCUCUAUCCUAACGGUUUGUAUGUUGACGUGGUGCACAUGAAACCCCAAAGCACUCGCGUCGGUGGAUGAACAAGCAAAAUUUGCGUAACAUAACAUCUCGUAGGCAGGUUGCACAUAGUUUAUGAUUCUUAAUCUACUUUGAACAUGGCAGCACAUAUCGAAUUGCAUCUAAGGUAAAGCAAACGAGUCCUGUGAUCAUG